CCCAUCUCGCACGCCGUAGGGCAGCUCACAGUCGCACGGGUUCACUCUGCGCUGAAACUUUCCUCUUUCUGCUAAAGAUGUUGAGCUUUCUUGUGAUUUUGUGCUCGCUCCUGACCGCCUGUAGGUCCAGCGUGUGUCCGUGUGAGAGACCGGAGCUCUGCCAGCAGAUCCGCGAGGAGAAAGACUUCGAGGUGUUUAUAUUUGACGUGGGUGGGAAGACAUGGAAAUCCUACAACUGGAGCAUGGUAACAACAGUGGCAGCGUUUGGAAAAUAUGACGCUGAGCUCAUGUGUUACGCUCACUCCAAAGGCGCACGGGUCGUCCUCAAAGGCGACGUCCCCCUCUCCUACAUUGUGGACCAGGACAACAGAACUGCGUGGAUAACAGACAAGGUCAUGUUGGCCAAGAGUCAGUUUAUGGACGGGAUUAACAUAGACAUUGAACAAGCUGUGGAAGAGGGCUCACCAGAGUACUAUGCCUUAACAUCUCUGGUCAAAGAGACCACUGAGAUGUUUCACAGGGAGAUCCCAGGAUCUCAGGUCUCAUUUGAUGUCGCUUGGUCACCAAAAUGCAUUGAUAAGCGCUGCUAUGAUUACGUAACCAUUGCCGAAUCCUGCGACUUGCUGUUUGUGAUGUCCUACGACGAGCAGAGCCAGAUCACCGGCGACUGCGUUGCAAUGGCAAACGCUCCUCUCCGUCAGACACUCGAUGCUUAUGACCAGUAUUUGAAUCUGAAGAUCAGUCCAAAGAAGAUAGUGAUGGGAGUGCCGUGGUACGGCUAUGACUAUCCAUGCCUCAACUUUUCCCAGGAGGGCGUGUGCUCUAUAGAGAAAGUGCCUUUCCGUGGAGUUCCUUGCAGCGAUGCUGCUGGAAAACAGAAACCGUACAAGUGGCUCAUGAAGCAGGUCAACAGCUCGAUGUCAGGCAGGCUCUGGGACGACGAGCAGCAGGCUCCCUACUUCAAUUACAAGGACCAGGACGGACAAAUCCAUCAAGUUUGGUACGAUGACCCACAGAGUAUUUGCCCAAAGGCGGAUUCGGUGAUGUCUAAGGGCCUGAGGGGUAUUGGCAUGUGGAACGCCAACAUCUUGGACUACAGUGAUGAUCCGGUCGCCAGGCAACAGACAACAAUGAUGUGGAACGCUCUUUUACGAUGCUAGCUGUGCAUGUGACAAACCAUCCCAGAGCCCGCCUCUGUUUGUUGCUAAGUCAACACCUCCCUUUGUAGCAGUAAAGGGGGUAUUCGAGGCAUACUUGCACUUGAGAGUUAAUUGUUUCUUUUAUUGCUGCUGCCUUUGACUGGGUUACAUUCCUCUUUGCUAAGCGAAAUAAUUGUGAUUCUCUAAAAAGGAAAGCCAGUCUUUAAACGUCCCUACACUGAGCUUACUGAGAUUUAUGCACUUUUUUAAAUAAAUAAAACUUGUUUCUAAUAAAUCUUUGAAUGAAA